AUGUCAGCGACGGAUCAGUCAUUCACCGGCCUCCUGCUAGCCUACAAGUGGCAUGUGCUGGUAGCGGCCAUCUCAUCCUACAUCGCCUCCAUCUGCAUCUACCGACGCUUCUUCCACCCACUCGCCCGGAUUCCCGGACCAUUCCUCCCGGCUGUCACCAAGCUGUACCAGACGAGCUACCAUUGCCGCUUCUACCUCCAGAUUGAAAAGCUGCACAAACAAUAUGGUCCCAUAGUUCGCAUCACGCCCGAGGAAGUCCACAUCGCCGCCGACGCCGACAGCUAUGACCGGAUAUACCACGUGGGCAGCAAGUACUCCAAGUCCCCGAACUUCUACAAUGCGUUAUGUGCUCCGUAUUCCAGUUUCGGCGCCUUGUCGAAUGAGGUCCACCGUCUACGAAGAGGUGCCAUGAACCCCAUGUUCUCGCGGCAAAAAGUGCUCGACUUGGAAUCCAUCGUGCAGGAAAAAGCCGGGAAAGUAUGUCGUAGCAUGCAGAUUGGCAUCGAAAGCGGGCAGCCGGUCAAUCUGCAUCAGAUCUUUCGGGCCGUGUCGGUGGAUGUUGCUUCAGAGUAUGCCUUUGAUCGAUGUUACGACUUUCUGGAGGCCGACGAUAAUGGGGCCAAAUUCUGUGAGAUGGCUCGCGGUAUUGGACCUGCGCUUUAUGUGUUUCAGCAAUUCCCUUCGUUUCAGAGCCUUGCGUUGAAGACGCCGCCAUGGAUGGCACCGUACCUAUCUCAGCCACUGGGAUAUGUGACUGGCUUGCAAAUGGAAUGCGUGAGACAGGUAGACGAUCUCAAGGAGCGAAUGAGCCGAAGCGAAGUUCUUGGGAGGCAGACCAUCUUCACGACUCUACUUUCUCCCGAAGACAAGCCAGAUGGAUACGAAGUACCCACAUCGUGGCAAAUCAAGGACGAAGCAUACAGUGUGCUGGUAGCAGCAGCUGAUACUACGGGAAACGCCAUGACAGUCGCCGCCUUCAAUGUCCUGCGAGAUCAGAGCAUAUAUCGAAAGUUGGUGGCUGAGCUGGAGGAGAUCUUUCCAGACCCAACCAAAGAUCUGUCCUUCAUCACCCUCGAAAGACUGCCAUACCUGACUGCCGUCAUCAAAGAAGGCCUUCGCCUCUCCUUCGGCGUCAUGUCUCGCCUGCCUCGAGUUGUUCCGAGUCCAGGUUCAACGUUCUACGACCACUUCCUGCCAGCCGGCACCGCCAUCAGCAUGUCAGGCUGGAUGAUGCAUCGAGACCCUGAAGUCUUUCCCGACCCCAUGAAAUUCGACCCCGAACGCUGGAUGAAGGGUGCUGAAGAGUUUCGUCGUCUCGAUCGCAACAUGGUGCCUUUCGGCCGUGGCUCUCGACAGUGUGUGGGAAUGCCGCUUGCAUACGCUGAGCUAUACAUCACUCUCGGUACUCUCUUUCGCAGGUUUCCGCGGGGACUGGCCGUGUGGAAGACGACGCAGGACACGAUGCAGGACUACGAAGACUAUUUCAGCAGCUACCAUCCUAACAGCAAGCGUCAUGAGUGGUUUCGGGCAUAUGUGCCGUCCAAGUCGUAA